GCGGAAAAAAAGUAUUAUCUGAGCUUCUAUAUUCACUAAAUAUUUUUCAAAUGGGCACGCCAUGCUCCGUAACCUCUCUGAAACCAACCAACCUUCAGCUAAACCUGCUCCAGGUUAAGAUCAGAGCAUGAGUUGCUAUGGCAACUUGACAUACCCUGAAACAUACCUCUGAUUUUAGUACCUAAAGCUGAGGUUAUCUGCUUCCUUACCAUCAAAAUUAUCGAGCUACCUCACAUAACCUGCUUUCUGGAAUACCGCUCAGGUGUAAAGUAAUCCUGUUUACUGUCAUCAGAUUGCAAAGACUGAAACUUUUCUGACGCUGCUUUCAGGAAGUCACCACAUGUAUAAGAGGUAAAAAUGAAACUGAGCUCAUAUUUCUGUGUCUGCUCUAUCAGUGUGCAGAUAUGGAAACGAUUCAGCCACUUCUUAAGUUUGCCAGCAAACAAACCAACUUUGGAUUUGGAUUGGUUGCUCUGCUAACGGCUGGUGGAGAGCAGAUCUUCUCAAUGGUAGCCUUCAAAUGUCCCUGCAAUGAGCUGAAUUUUACCUACGGUUUAGUCUUUCUGUUGGUGCCAGCCCUGGCCUUGCUGCUGCUUGGCGUUAUAAUCACCAAGAAGACUUGGAAACUGACAACAGGGUUUUGCCAUCGCAACCCAAAGCUAUGUAAGUGGAGGAAUCUGAAGAGCAUGGGAGUGACUGUCAUCAAAAUCAGUGCUUGUUCACUGGUGGCGCCGUCUACUUGGAUUGCUGUGGCUCUGUUGCGUGGCAGCUAUUAUGAGUGUGCCAUGACGGGGGCCAACUCCACCAGGUACAGAAAGAAUGUGUGCAGGGGGGUGAACUCUGCAGCCGAAUGCCUUACAAAGCUUCAAAUGUUUCCUUGUAAAAGUGCUGGAAAUGAAAGCGAGGAAGUUCUGCUAACCCUCAGAGCUCAUUCUCAGAUUCUGGGCUGGCUGGUCAUCGCCUCCAUCAUGAUGUCCGGCCUGUUGGUGAUUUGUGUGACUCGCUGCUUCUCCCCCAUCAGCUACCUGCAGCUAAAGUUUUGGAACGAUUAUGUUGAGGAGGAGGAUAACCUCAUGGAUGAAUACUCAAGUAAACAUGCCAAAGAGCUUGCAGAAAGGAACCUGAAGAUCUUCUUUAAGAUCCAAGACCCCGCCGAGACCCCGACCCCGCCCUCGCCAAGACGCUCGCCGGCAAACAUUGUCACCCCCAGCACAGAGGAUUGGAAGAAGAUUACCUUGCUCAAUAAGUCCAGCCCCAAAGACCAGAUCUACAGCACUCUGCAUCGAUAUGUGGAAAAAACGCGGGAGGAGAAAGGGUCCGAUAAGACGCCUUUAUUGAGGUCAAAUGAGUCUGCUGAAAAACCUCCAGGUGUGGAUGGAGGAACAGUGUCUACAUGAGGAUGAACCGGCUGAACCCAAGGACGUGACUUCAGAUCCGGGACUCUUGGGAUCUUCAAGAAUGAUGUCCACGGGUUGGCUUGGAUCAGUCAAGUUAGGCGGCAGUGGGUGCUUUUGUGUGCAGAACAUGGGCUUCAGAUUAACUCUUUAAAGUCUGAAUGAUAGUGGAAAAAAAUAUCGUCUUUGAUUUGUGGUUGCUAUGGCUUUUUCUGUCCAUUGUUUUUAUCUGCCUGUAUCAUUUGCUAAAGGGACGUACUAAGCCAGUGGUUCUCAAUGCCUGGUCUCCAGAACAGUACUGGUCCAUGGCUACCUUGGUACCAGGCUGCGGGGAUAAAAUAUAUAAUAUAUGGCAACAGACUCUUCUAUUAUGAGGAUGCUGCUAUUAAAGUCACUUUUGCAGUGGAUUCAAGUUUAUUACAUACACUGGAACUAGAAAAUACCAGUUAUUGUGACAGUUUGAUCCUUUUAUUUGGUUGUAUUUAGAAAGUUGAAACCCACUGCAGAUAGUUUUUACACAGGAUGAAGAUCAAUCCUUUAUGGAAUGAACACGGAUCAGAAAGAACUUUUACAAAUACGCUUGGCUAUAUUGAAUCCUCAGUUUAUGUAAAUUAUUUAUGAAGGAAAAAUGGAUUUUCUGGGAACAUUUAGACGCCAGCAUCAGCCAUGAAAAUCUUGUCUGACAUGAAAUCAGUCUGUAACUUCAAAACAAUUGGAGACCACUGAUCUAAGAAACCCCAGAAUGCUGUUUCCAUAUGUAAUGCUGUUGUAACACAUUUAGAGUUUUGCUAAUAAAAACCAUAUUCAA